CCUGUUAGAGCUGAGACAGACCUGCCCAGCCAGCUUAGCAACUUUCACACCGUGCAGCAAGGAGCAGAGAGAUUUCUGACAGUCUCAGGGAAUAACUACAGCAUCCACCUCCGAGCACACACUGCCUGGUCCCCGGGGGGGAGCAGCGAGGAAGGGAUGUAGCCCUUUCUGGAUUGGAUGGAUUUAGGAACUCUGGGAUUGAACCUGCACCAAGCCUGGACAGUCAGCUGCAGGGACCAGUAUAAGGGCUGAUCGGAGCACCGUCUGCCGAUUGCACUCUGCAGAGCCGGGGAAGCUGCUCAGAGUCACAGAGACAAGAGAGGAAGCCAGUGCCAGAGAGCUCAGGCAGCCCACUGCAGGAGGGCCCGAAGUUUCUGAGAUGAGGCUGCUUCAGGAUGAUUGAGAUCAACGUAAAACCUAGUGAGCUAGAACUCUUUCACUGGUGAAGUUGGAACGGUGACUUUCCCACUGGGUCCCAGACUGUUUAUUCCUCAGUUCUUCAUUGCCCAUUGUGGACUUUCUGCAAGGUUCAGCUAUGACUACCUCUGCCUUGCGCCGGCAGGUAAAAAACAUUGUGCACAAUUAUUCGGAGGCGGAGAUCAAGGUGCGUGAGGCGACCUCCAAUGACUCCUGGGGCCCACCCAGCUCCCUGAUGUCUGAGAUUGCAGAUCUGACCUUCAACACGGUGGCUUUCGCGGAGAUCAUGGGGAUGAUCUGGAGGCGGCUCAACGACAGUGGCAAGAACUGGCGCCACGUGUACAAGGCACUGACCCUGCUGGAUUACCUCAUCAAAACCGGAUCGGAGAAGGUGGCCCAUCAGUGCCGGGAGAACCUUUACACCAUUCAGACUCUGAAAGACUUCCAGUACACAGACCGCGACGGCAAGGACCAAGGCAUAAACGUGCGGGAGAAAGUCAAGCAACUCAUGGGUCUGCUGAAGGAUGAGGAGAGGCUGAAGCAGGAAAGGGCUCAUGCCCUGAAAACCAAAGAGCGCAUGUCCACCGAGGGCACGGGCAUCAGCAGCAGCCAGCAGCUCUCCUAUGGCAGGCGGACAUCGCAGUAUGGAGAAGACUAUGGCAGGCCGAGGGGGUCUCCAUCAUCCUUUAAUUCCUCUUCCUCGUCCCCUCAGCAAACCUCAGACCUGGAACAGGCGAGACCCCAGACGACUGGAGAGGAGGAGCUGCAGUUACAGCUUGCACUAGCCAUGAGUCGAGAGGAGGCUGAGAAGCAGCCGCUUCCUCCAGCCACCAGCACAGAUGAAGAAUUGCAAUUGCAGAUAGCGCUCCGCCUGAGCAAAAAGGAGCAUGAGAAGGAAGUGAGGGCAUGCCAAGGAGAGAACUCACUGCUACAGAGGGCACUGGAAGAGACCCACAUGGGUAUCGAGGAGGAGAAAGAAGAGGAUAAGAUGAAGAAAAGUCAGUCCUCUAUUGUGGAGCUGGCAGACAUUUUUGGACCAGCGCCAGUAACUUCAACCCAUGUUUCAGCUGACCCAUGGGAUAUUCCAGGUGGGGGCAACUCUCAAUCUGCUGAUGCUUGGGAGAAUGGCAGAACCUUCUCCCCUCCAGCUCUGUCCUUGUCCAAUUCUGGGGAACCUAACAGUCUAAAGUCCAAUGUGGAACCAGCAGGAGCUUCUUGGGUCCCCUCUGCAGACCCCUGGGCUCCAAUCCCUGCUGCUUCCGGGGAUCCUCUAAACCAGAUGGCAGCAUCGAUCAACCAGACCUCCACAGGGCCUUGGGAUCUUCCUCCCAUAGUCUCCUCCUCCUCCUCUGACCCUUGGGAGAAGACCCCCGUCUCUUCAAGUCUGUCAUCAGCAGAUGCCUGGGUAAAGGCAUCCCCACCUUCUAAAGCUUCCGCUCAUGCUACUUCUGCUGCUGAUCCUUGGGGAGGUGUUGUUGACAAUCCUCCCAGGGCAGCUUCAGGUGAUGUCACUUUUGACUUGUUUGCGAAACCGCCACAGCCGACAGAGCAGCUGGAACAUGAGAGCUCACAGGCCCCAUCCUCUGCCAAGCCUAACAGCCCUGUUGAUUUGGACCUGUUUGGCGACCCGAUUCCCAGCACCAAGCAGAAUGGAGUUAAGAACACAGAGGUUUUUGAUCUUGCGGGCUUAGGAGACUCUCUUACUGACUCCGACAAAGAGAGGAAAGAUUGUAAAACUCCAGAGUCCUUUCUUGGCCCAACUGCCUCCUCCCUGGUGAAUUUGGACUCCUUGGUGGUUGCCCCGGCAACCCUGAAGACUCAUAAUCCAUUUUUGUCAGGUCUCAGUGCGCCUUCUCCCACAAACCCAUUCAGCACCAGUGACCAGAUCAAACCAACACUCAAUCAGAUGAGGACCAGCUCCCCAGUGCCAGGCAUGGCCAUGGGGAUGACCAUGAACUCCAUGACCUACAGUGCUUCACUCCCUCUUCCGCUCAGCAGUGUCCCAGUGACCCUCCCCGUCUCCAUGAGUGCCUUCCCGCAGGCCGGAGCAGGGCCGUUUCCACAGCUACCCAGCAACCUGCCUCAGCCUUUGUUGCCACUGACUGGCUCUGCUCUUCCCCCCGCCUCACAGGGGGUGAUGAACCCUUUCCUCUGAAGUCUCUGGAUCUGUGUUACGUGUAGUCUCUCUUGUCCCGCCCCCAGCUAUUAUGGAAAUCUUUGCGUGUUCUCAUGCAAAGGCCUUGUGGGCACAAGUUCAUUAGUUGUGAUGGAGGAAACUAUUCACCCGAAACUCCUAACCCAACACCUGCCCAGGUCCCAGAGACCAGUUAGCAUGAAUCUCCUUGCUUGAAGUGCUAUAGAAGUACCUGCUUCAACAGUGUGGGUAAAGGACGGCUAGAUCUGCCUCUAACGGCAAUAAGGACACUCCUGUCAUCAGCUGGCAUUCCCAUGCUCUGCAGAGUAGAUGGAGGGUCCCUAAGAAAGGGCUUUAAUUAUCUAGGGCCCUCCACUCUCCAGCACCGGAUGCUGGUACAUAGAGAGCCCAGUAUGAAGCAUCUUAACAGACAUUUUCUAGUCACCAUAGAUCUCUUAGAGAUCAUCGUGGGCCCGUCAGUGGGAUAGAGGAAUCCUUCUGUCAUCUGCCUGGAAGGUGCAAUCACUUGCUGAGGCUUGCAGCCAAAAUGCUUGCUGGAGGUCAGGAUGUUCCCAGGGACAGGAGGAGUACUCCUUAGAAUCCCUUUCCUCUGCCAAGUAUCGGGGUAGCCCUGUUAGUCUGUAUUCACAAAAACAACGAGGAGUCCGGUGGCACCUUAAAGACUAACAGAUUUAUU